UCCUUCGUCAGCAUUUUAUCUUUACAACUCUUGUUAGCCUAGCAGCAUUGUACGCACCUGUGGGAUAUUAGUAUGUGACUUGAUAUCCCUGGUCCAGAUGCCCUUGUUGCCUGCGCGCUCGAUCUCCUGCAACACCAGGCGCUGCUCCAACCUGCCAAGUAUUAACGCGAACAAUGAGUAUGUCCUCCUCAAAAGCUCCAAUGUGCGCCAAUACUCGCGCAUCCGAAACAUACGUGAGUCCUCGAAUACGCUCAGCUUCUUCGGCGUCCACGAUGCCAUAGGAGAGCACACUGCCCUUCUUGAAAAUCUUGAUCUUGCCCUCGGUCAGCAGCGCAUUGAUUACGUCGGGAAGCUGCUCGUAGCCACCACCACCUUCGGCCUGGAAGUAAUCGCGCACCUCUGCGUCCGUCACAGGCUCCCGGUAGUUCUUCAACAGGCCCAGGAACUUGGCCAUGACGCUAGGCGCGCCGCUCUUGGACGACGAAGCCAUGGCUGGUCGGGUACAACUAUAAAGACUGGCAGAGAUGACCAAAGAGACACGAUGUAUGAUUGGGUGAAAAUUGAAAUUCCGGUUUCUCAUUGGACAUAAAAGUCGACUCUCGUGCUCGCCAACCAGUCAACUAUCACACUAGCAUUGGCUGCGACGUCGUCAUGAAGUUCGCGUACCAGUUCCAGCACCUGUGCGGCAGCGUCUACUCGCAGGGCAACGUGGUCUUCACGCCUGAUGGCAACUCGGUGCUCAGCCCUGUGGGCAACCGCAUCACCCAGUUCGACCUCGUCAAGUUCGUACACAUUGAUACAUUGGCAAACUGAUAUAUUGGCCACUAAUCUUUCGCAACAAUUGUUGAUUAUUGCAGCAAUACAUCACGGACUUUCGCCUUUGAAGCGCGCAAGAAUGUGGAGCGUGUGGCUGUCUCUCAUGACUCGCGGCUAUUGCUGGCUGUGGACGAGGACGGCCGUUGUUUGCUUGUCAACUUGAAGCGUGGUGCAGUACUGUACCGCUUUCACUUUAAGCAGCCUGUCAAGGCCUUAAACUUCAGUCCCGACGACCGCUACAUUGCCGUUGCAAUUGGUAACAAGGUGCAGCUGUGGCGCACUCCUGGUCUUGUUCGGGAAUUUGCUCCGUUUGUGCUGCACCGCACGUAUACUGGACAUUACGCAGAUGUGGUGAGCGUGUCGUGGUCGCACGACGCCAAGUUCUUCGUCACGGGUGCUGAGGAUCUGUCAGCGCGUGUGUUCUCAGUGGACCCGUACCCAGGAUUCAAGCCAUUGACGCUCUCGGGUCACCGCGAUGUGGUCGUUGGCGCGUUCUUCGCGGAAGAUGACAGAUCAAUUUUCACAGUUGGACGGGAUGGUGGCGCUUUCGAAUGGAAAUACAAAUUACCAGAUGUGGAGAUGCUGGAACGGACCUCAGAGGAGAGCGAGGGGGAGGAGGAGAAUGAUGAGAAGGAGGACAAGGAAGGUGACGGUGCCAGCAGCGAUGACAGCGACGACAGCGACAGUGAGGAUGAAAGUGCUAGCAAGAAGCGCAAGCGUAAACUGUCCGAAGAGCAGGAAUCUAUCCCGGAAAUUGCCCGUGCUACUAAAUGGUACACUUGCCAGAAGCACGUGCUCAAGAUGGACUUCGCCAAGGUGCUGUGUUGUACCUUCCACUCGUCCACUGGCAUGCUCGUGGUUGGUUUUGGCAACGGCACAUUUGGUCUGUAUGAACUGCCUGCAUUUGUGAACAUCCACACGUUAAGUGUCACGCAGAACGAGUUGGAGACGGUAGCAGUGAACGCCACAGGCGAGUGGCUGGCCUUUGCGUCGCGUAAACUAGGUCAGCUGCUGGUCUGGGAGUGGCGAUCGGAGACGUACGUGCUCAAGCAACAGGGCCACUACUUCGACCUUAACGCUGCGAGCUACUCACCAGACGGACGCUUGCUUGCCACAGGAGCCGACGAUGCCAAACUCAAACUUUGGGACACAAACAGCGGCUUCUGCUACGUCACCUUCACAGAGCACUCGGCCCCGGUGACAGCAGUGCAGUUCGCUCCCUCUGGCCAAGCCGUUUUGAGUGCGUCGCUGGAUGGUACCGUGCGUGCGUUCGACCUGAACCGGUACAAGAACUUCCGCGUCCUCACCACCCCAGAGCCCACACAAUUCCUCUCACUAGCACUGGAUCCGAGUGGCCAGGUUGUCUGUGCUGGUUCCAUGGACCCGUUCAACGUGUACGUUUGGUCUUUGCAGACUGGACGUCUUACAGACGUCCUCAGUGGCCAUACAGGCCCCGUAACUUCGCUGUCUUUUUCUCCUUCGUCCUCUGCGGAGCCUAUUCUGGCAUCGGCAUCGUGGGACCAUACGGUGCGUCUGUGGAAUCUGUUUGCUAGCAAGAAGAGCUUCAUCGAGCCCCUCGCCCACCCCACGGACGUACUGGCUGUUGCCUUCCGUCCGGAUGGUAAACAACUGGCUUCGACUACACUCAACGGUGCGAUCAACAUUUGGGACGUCAAGGAUGGUGAGCAAGUUGGUACGAUUGACGGAAAGCGCGACAUUGCUGGUGGUCGUAAGGAAGGAGAUCGCAUCACGGCUGCUAACAACCAGUUGACCAAGCACUUCACGAGUGUUUGCUACUCGGCUGACGGCUCGCUUCUGCUUGCCGGCGGACGCUCCAAGUUUGUGUGUAUCUACGCAGUGGAGCCGCAGAUUUUGCUCAAGAAGUUCCAGAUCUCACACAAUUUGUCGCUUGAUGGCAUCUUGGAGAAGCUUAACAACAAGAACGUUACUGAGAGCGGUCUCAGUAAGACUGAACUGGAUGCUCAUCUGGAUGACUCGGAGGCUUCAGGUCGCAAUGCUGGUGACAGUCUGGUAGGUGCAAAACGUGCUGUUGAUCCCGGUAGUCGUCGCAAGAAUAUGGAGGUGCUGUCCAAGGCGGUUCUGUUCUCCCCGACGGGGCGUGCUUGGGCUGCUGCGACCACGGAAGGCUUGCUGAUCUAUGGGCUGGAUGAGAGUCUGGCCUUCGACCCGUUUGAAUUGGACGAGGAUAUCACACCCGAAACCAUCACACAGACCCUGGCACGCCGCGAAUACGCUCGUGCCUUGGUGAUGGCGCUGCAUCUGAACGAGGAACCGCUUAUUGCUCGAUGCGUGGAGGGUGUUCCUAUCGCUAGCAUCCCGCUAGUGGCACAGACUCUGCGUGGUGAUAUGUAUCUGCAGCGAUUGCUACAGCUGCUCGCCAAGCGGAUGGAGCGUAGUCCACAUCUCGAGUUCUACCUUCAGUGGAGUCUUGCAGUGCUUAACACUCAUGGCCAGACUUUGCGUGAUGACCCGUCGAGCAGUGCUACGUGUCUGCCGACCCUGCGUUCGCUGCAGAAGAGCAUUGCACGCCAUCUGCAGGACCUCGCCAAGAUUUGUGAUGACAACCAGUUUACGCUCAGUUACCUCAAGAACCUUAGCAAGAUGCAGCAGAUGCAGAAGACCCAAUAGAUGGCAGUGCGCCGGAAAGAUCGCUAGUUAAUUCCCGUAUCUGUUGAAGGAUAGUCUUCAUGGUCAUCAAGCUGGAAUGACAUGGGAUCGAAGUAAUAAAUAGACUCAUUGUGCUUCUCCAUGCUGCUCGACGUCAUCUGCACAGCUCCUUACACAUUCUUGGCAAAUCUUUUCACUUGGAU